AACCUCGAGGAUAUCUCAAGAAGAAUCUCUUACAGGAGCUAAGACACGGAACUGAGGGAAGACCAACGAGGGAAGAACAACCUCGAAACCCUCCACAGUAUCUGGUUUUCGACCCCGCUGUUCAGCUAGUUUAAAUCAGAUCAGAACGAAUUCCCUCAUAAGAGCCAUCAACGACCUACCUCGACCGAUAGCACCAUCACGAUGGCUCCUUCACCCGUCCCUAUCACCAUCCACCACCACAAGAAAGAAAACAGCCUGAAUCUCAACCUCAACCUCGGUUCCAGCCUCAACAACAACAACGUCAACAACAACAACAACAACAAUAACCUGAAUGCCCUCGUCAGCCCGACAUAUUCCAACCUAAACCUAGGGUAUACGGGCCCGAUCUCACCCCCGAUCAUCUCCGCCAGCGCUACAGCAGACUGGAAUAAACCCUUGACUCCUGGGUUUGGGUUCGGGUCUUCUCCCUCGAACUCGACCGUGACAUCGAAGGCGGGAGUACCAGAAGCACCGGCUUCAACCUCUUCUACUUCGCCUACUUUGUCUACGAUCCCCAUCCCCACUUCAUCGGGCCCGAAAUCGAACGUCAAUGUAGGAGUGGGGAUGAAGGGGAUGAGCGGGGUCUCUGCUGCUUUCUCCUCGACCUCUACUGCAACGUCUACUUCGACCUCGUCUGGAUCAGGACCGGCCGAGAACCCAUCUUCGAUUUCGAUCACAACUACAAACCCGAAUCCGAACUCGACUUCAGGGUCCGGGAUAGGAGUAGUCGAUGGGAAGGUCGAACGAGGUCAAGGGGUGUUGAGGAGGUUGAGCUUGGGAGGGUCUGUCCGGCCCGUCAUCAGACGCUCUCCUCCAGCGCAAGAACCGGCCGACCCGUUCGACCGAGGAGUGCCCUCUGUACCUGCACCUGGGACCAAUACAUCCACACUCGGCAGGACCGGUACUCAGACUACAACGACUGCUGCUGCUGCUACCCCGGAGAUCAGGAUCAAUAACGACAGACCCCCAUCUUCAUCCUCAGUUUCAGCCUCGCUAUCCACCUCACCUGACCCGGGGACUACGAACAUCCCCGUCCAAGUCUUUGGAAGCUUUUCCGACUUGUCCCGUUCGUUACCGGCUUCUACCAGUACGACUGGGCCCAGGCCCGUCUCGGUAUCGAGGUAUAACAACCCGUUCUCAGGGUUCUCCAUGGACGAUCACGAUCAUGAUCAUGAGCACGAUGAUGGAGAACACGCUUAUGAACGCGCUUUCGGCAGGGUCGGGGGUAGCUUUUUGGGGAGGACGAAGAGCGUCGGGUCGGCCAGUGUUAGCGGUGGUGGAUCAGGUGGGACGGAGGGUAUCGGCGGUGGAGGUAGCGUCUUUGGGUGGAGAGGAAGAGGCACGUCAUUGGGAGAUGGGGAACUUGGGAGGAGACGUUCGAUCCAGGAAGGGCCCGCCUCAGCUUCUCAUCCGACCACAAACUCGGACAAUAACGUCAACGUCGAUCCGAGCGGAGUCACCGGCAGUGGGAUGAGACCGAGACGGGUCAGUUUCGGAUGGACCGGGUUCGGAGGUGGGGUUAGUAGUAAACCGACUUCGAACCCUGGACCUGGUUCUGGGUCGAGUUCAGGGUCGGGUCCGGGUUCCGGUGGGGUUCCUACGGCUCCCAAGGGGGAUGUCAGACCAGAUGGGUUGCCCGGCACCGGAUCGGGCGGGUUGAAAGUCGGUAGAGGGAGGAGCGGGAGUGGGAGUGCCGGUACGGGUGGGGGGAAGAAGCGGAGCGUCAGUCCGAUGGGCGAACAUCUCUUGAGAGGUAGCGGGCAUUUCUAGCCGGAUCGCCUCUGGUACUACGCACAG